AUGUCCAAUAACUAAAGAUACCAAGAUAACAGUAUAGUAAACAGUACUUACCCCAUAUACAGUGAGGGUUCCUACAACCAUAUCCAGUAUGAAAACAAUGCUCAGACUAGUUUGAACUUUGAAAAAUUCAAUAAAGAGAUCACUGAGCUAUUAGAUCAAAUAAACAUUCCUAUUCCUGAUUUUUUCUCUGUAAAAAACAAUUCUAGUGGGUGCAACAGCAUUGAAUACGAUAGCAACAAGUACUACACAUCAUAGUAACUUGAGUCCUCAUAGUUAGACCUUUAAUUCAUCAAUGAUUUCUAAAAAUCCUUUGAUAAAUCAUCUAAUACAGUGUCAGAUCAGAGCUACAAUUCAGAAUAACUCUAAAACAACUUUUUGUGCAAUUACUCUUAAAUACAAUACCAACCUCUCAUAUUAAGUUACCCUAGUAAGAAUCAAGAUUAGCUUAUAUUAAGUAAUGCAAAUUUUGGAGCAAAGAUAUUGGGAAAAUCUCUUAAACUAGACGAAAUUAUAUCAAACUGUGAGCAGAAGACCGAUGACAUAAUCCUUUCUAAUGAGUCAAGUCUUUCAGAACAUACAAAUAAUCGCACAUAUGUUUAGGAGAAAAUCACUACAAAUCUUAAUGAGCAUAUUGAUAAAUUAUUGGCUGACCUUGAAUUCAUAGAAAAGCCACUUGUUGGUAAAAGAAUCAGAAAAACAAAGAAGUAGAUAGCUGAGAAGCAAAAGAUGUUGACUGAACAGAACAGACUACUCAGAAUGGCAGGCAAGGAGAUAAUCUUAACUGAUAAAGAAAAAAGAGAGCGAAGAAGGUAAUAGAUCAACAUAUUGAUGACGGAAUACCUUAAGAAUAAACAAUGGUCGAAGGAUCAGAUGAAAUUGCUUGCAAAACAAAUCGGAAUGUCACCAACAUAGAUAUACAAAUGGAACUGGGAUCAAAGAAAGAAAGAAUGUGCUGAACUCAAUUAAAGUGUUGAAGUGUAUGAUGACAGUUCCUUACGCAGGAUAAGCAGUUUUUAAACUAUUCUAACUUCCGACAGUUUGAAUUCUCUAAUGAGGAAAAUGAGCUGUGGCGAUCUUAAUGAAACACUAUGA